CGCCCUUCAUCCCGCCUGGGCAUCCAGCGCACUGCCAUGACCGCUCACUCCUUUGCCCUCCCGGUCAUCAUCUUCACCACGUUCUGGGGUCUCAUCGGCAUCGCCGGGCCCUGGUUUGUGCCAAAGGGACCCAAUCGCGGAGUGAUCAUUACCAUGCUGGUGGCCACUGCUGUCUGCUGCUACCUCUUCUGGCUCAUAGCCAUCCUGGCCCAGCUGAACCCCCUGUUUGGACCCCAGCUGAAGAAUGAGACCAUCUGGUAUGUGCGCUUCCUGUGGGAGUGACCAUCCGGCUUCUGGCCCCAGGUGUCCUGUUCUCUGAUGGUCUUGGCUUAACAUCCCUGAUGACCUUUUAUCCCCACCUGCCUGACACAGCUUUUCUGGGCCCUCUGAACUCUCUCCUGCCAGCACCUUGAGAUCCACGCCUCCAGGACCCUCCUGGUUGGAGGAUACCCCAUCUUCCCAGCCAGUGAGAAAAGCUCUGAGCUCAAAGUUAGGCUGGAAAAGGGAAUAUCCUGCCUGUAAAGUCUCACUUCUCUGGAGUUUUCUGUCUCUCUCUCAAGCAGAUCCUGGCCGAGGAACUGGUACUGUGCGAUCUGUCUUUGAACGUGUGGCAGAAGCCAGGACUCGUGGUAGUCCCAGAAAAGACAGGCAUCUUUUGGAGAAGGAGAACCAGUCCAGGAUGCACUGAGUUCCAGGCUGUGUCAGGCCAGUUUUGAGCUCUGUCCCCAUCCUGCUGUGAGAUGCAGGGGCCUCUCGGGGCCUUUUCCAACUGUGACCAAGCAUUAUUCCUUAAUCUUCCUAUACUACUAGAUGUGAAAUUUCUGAAAAUAUUGAAAUAAUGAGAAACAUUCAUGCCAAAAACUUGACAGAGUGCUCUGGGUCAAGAUUGAAACCUAGAUGUUCAGUAUCCUUUGUUGUAGCAAAGUCACUUGAUGCUUGCUUAGAUGUUCUUUUCCCCCUUCCUCCGUACCUGGGCCUCCACUCUGUAGAUAAACUCUCACCCCCUCCCCAGAGCCUAUCAGUCUGAGCACAGCCCCUGCCUUGGGAAGCCUGCACUCUUCAUUAGGCUGCAGUGGGGCAGAUCCCAGGGCUACUCACAGCAGCAUCUCAGCGACCCAGAGUUGGGAUUAGGAGAGACAGGGAAGGUGAUGUUUGAGUUGCAUUGGCCUCCCCUGGCUUCUGAGACUGGCACUAGCCAGGCCUCUGCCCCUCAAGUGCACCCAGCUUUGUGUUGGGGAUGAUGAGAGACAGAGAAGCACAGAUCAUACACAGAAGACAAGGGGGAGCCUGAGCUCUGUGCUCUUCUUCUCCAGGAGAGUAAGUGGGGACCUGGCACUCUUGCCCGAGCUUCCAGAGCUAGUUAGUUCAGAGCUCAUCCACCUUCCCUGGUUCUUGGCCAGCAGCCCAUCCACAUUGCCUCUUCAUGGGAAGAAAAGCCAGCCUUGCUUAUUUAUUGACUAUUUAUUUGGCAUUCCUUCCUUUGUAGCAGGCAACGUUUUUUGAGCUGCAGUGGACCAUGUUGCAUCUCACUCAGACUCUGUGGCUCUGGUCCUGCCAGUUGCUCAGAGCUCAGGUUGAGGCCUCCCAUGGAUACCCCCACUCCCUUCCCUGAACUCUCAGCCUUCCUGUGGGGUGUAGUAUGGUAAGCAUGACUUGUACUGAAAACCUGGUUCUUGUUUAAUAAAUAAAUAAUGAUGAUGCAAGAUUAUGAUUUGGUAGCCAAACUCCAGUCUCUACCAAGUUUUCUGGCUGCCACUCCCUGCCCACCUGGUUUCCAUUUUUUCAUCUGUGGAUCUGGGGAACAGCUGACAACUUGAUGCCCUCAAAGUUGCACUUCUGGGACAUGGACAUUGAGGAUCACACUUUCCUGAGACAUGGAGGAAAAUCUGGGCCUCUGAUAACAGUCCCAGAUUUGGCCAGAACUGGACCCACUAGAAGGAGGAAGACCAGUGCUUGCUCACAUAGCACUUUGACCACCACUUUUCUGCCCAAAUCAGAGGACAGAGUGCAUGCUCCUGGGCUAUGCAAUAAAGCAAGUCUUCAGUGUGGCCUGCCUUAUUCCUAAAUAUUCAACAGCCGGGAUCUACCUGCCUAGCUUCCUGCUUGGGGCCAGGAGAGGAGGAACAGAGGGCCUGUACAUUAUGGAAAGAACUGAAAGAAGUUUGUUGCCUGGGGACAGAAGGGUGGGAAGCACAUGGGGGAAACUGAGGUGAAAUGAAGUGGAAGCCGCCUUGGAGGGCCAGGAGCCAGCUUAGGGGCUUGGGUUGAUCCUAACAGCAAUGGGAAGCCACAAAAGGAUUUUAAAGCCAGGAAGUGAUGUGAACCAACUUGAUUUCUAGAAUUCUCUGUACAGGUUGUUCAGUGAACAAGAGACUGGUUGAAUAGAGAUCAGGUGGAAGUGGCAAGGACAGAACAGUGGGUGGGAGCUGCAUGUGAAAGCCAGAGGAAAGCAGGGCCUAAUCUGCAUGCACUGUGACCCAGACUGCUCUGGACAGAAGGGACCCAUGGUGAAUGUGGAGGCUGAAUCCCUGGCUAACUAGGAUAGCUCAGUGCCUAGCACAGAGCAGUAUCUUGGGGAGGGAUGUAAUGAGUUAGGGUUUUCCUUUGACUCUUGCUGAGUCCAAAUCUCCAGAAGUGGUUGGAUGGGUGGGCUGGAGAUGCAGGUGUGGAGUCAUCAGCAAAAGUAACUAAUGACCCAUUGAAGGACAGACUGCGGGAGGUCAAGGAGACACUUCUCCACCCUAGGAAAUGCCUGUUUGCUUCUGAAAGGCAUCUCCACCACCAGG